AGAUCCACUCCAAGCUCUUGAAACAUGUGCUUCUUCGAUCAACAUCGAUUUGUCUGCGGCGAUUGGAAGUGGGGCCAUUUCCGACAACACUGUGCCAAGGAGUACCGAAUUGGUGAAACAUGUGGUAUGAAGCUCAUCAUGCAAACGGUACCAGUGGGCUCCAAGUGUAAGCUGUGCGAGAAGAUCGAUACAAAGAUGCGGCGCCGGGCCGCCGAGGUUGACCGAGUCAACCGAUGGCAGCGCGAAGGGAGCAAGUUCCGUGCGUCAAUUGACAAAUCGAUGGACUUGAUUCGAGGAUUGGAUGGCGAGAUCUAUGAGCUGAGCUGCGAGCGCAACCGUAGACUCCAGGGCAUUGGCACCCAGACGGGCUACUGAGACUGUAAUCGGCACCACGGGAACGUUUGUGAUGUAGUCAUUGCGCGGGCGUCUGGGAAUUGGGUUUCAGGUACAUCGAAAUGGGGUUUGUUAUGAACCAAAUCCAGUCAUUUUGGGAGUCUGGGAAUAGGAUGACACGGAAACGACUGAUAUUGAAAAGGGGGAGGUGACGGAUGGGGAGAAGACCGGGCGUUACCUCUUACAAUCCGCCGGUUUUUUCGAUAUCAUAUAGUUUAGGUUUUAACGAUGCAACGAUUUCUUCUUG